GUAAGACGCCAGGGGGCGAGGGCGGCAGCGGCUGAGGGCCGCUGUGCUGCUAGGGGCGCGGGCGCGCUGCGCUCCGGGCGGUAGAGGUCAUGGCUCCGCUCCUGGCGCCCGGCCGGGACCGUGCGGCCCGGGAGGAUGAGGACGGCUGCGAGGCGCGGGGGGACCGCAAGGCCCGGAAGCCCCUAGUGGAGAAGAAGAGGCGCGCGCGGAUCAACGAGAGCUUGCAGGAGCUGCGGCUGCUGCUGGCGGGCGCCGAGGUGCAGGCCAAGCUGGAGAACGCCGAGGUGCUGGAGCUCACGGUGCGGCGCGUGCAGGGCGCGCUGCGGGGCCGGGCGCGCGAACGCGGGCAGCUGCAGGCGGAAGCAAGCGAGCGCUUCGCCGCCGGCUACAUCCAGUGCAUGCACGAGGUGCACACGUUCGUGUCUACGUGCCAGGCAAUCGACGCCACCGUCGCCGCCGAGCUCCUGAACCACCUGCUAGAGUCCAUGCCGCUGCGCGAGGGCAGCAGCUUCCGGGAUCUGCUGGGGGACGCCCUGUCCGGGCCACCGGGAGCCCAUGGGCGGAGCAACUGGCCAGUAGGAGGCGCCCUGGGGUCCCCACUGCCCAGCCCCCGGGGCUCCGGGGACGACCAGUCCUCCGACCUGGAGGAGGUCCCCGAGGCUGAACUGAGCCGGGCGCCUGCUGAGGGGCCGGACUUGGUGCCCGCAGCCCUGGGCAGCCUGACCGCCGCCCGCAUAGCCCAGAGUGUCUGGAGACCUUGGUGACCAACGGCAGCCUGGGGCCUAAGGGGUGGCCCCUGCCUUCCCAUGCUCUAUUCCCUCCUCCCUGGGGUCCAGAUAUCUGGACAGGGGCAGGGUCCUGGAUAUCUCCCAGUUCUGCUGCCCUCCUCCAGUGGAUGCCUGCAGGGCAGUCCCCGAUAACCAGCCCAGCCAGGCCCCUGUUUCUUAAGGGAGUAACAUUUAUGGACCAUCCCACCCCCACCCUCUGCCCCCCUGGCCCUCUGGUGGGUGGAGGGAAGGAGCUACAGGCAGGAGGAAGUAUCUUGCAGGGCUACCAGGUCUCUCACCUGCCCCAGACUUCUCAGGCACUGUGUGGGUCUGGGGCCAGAGGUGACAGAGUGGAGCUGAGCCUCUCCUGAGUGCUGGGCACUAGUGUCCUGGCAGAAGGAGACCUCAGGCCCUGGCAGCCCUGGCCAUUCAGCCACGACACAGGGGAGGCAUUCUGCAGCACUGCCCAGAGCUGCCAAAGAGAAGCAUGGCUCUCUGUAUGUCUUGCGUUUAGCACGCUCGAGUUUGUGUAUUAGGUUGCCAUCACUUGUUCCAAUUCUGUUAAGUAAAGGGUUUUGGAGAGUUAGUUACCCUUCUGAAGUAUUGCUGAAUGCUGUGAUGUCAUUAAGGUGUCAAAUGCAUAAAGACUAAACCAAGCACAUUUUCCCCCCAUAUCUAAUGCUGUGAGUGGUUUUAAAACUUCUGACCCUUUGUCAGCAAAAUAAGUAGUGUAAUGGCAGUGGAGAUGGGACACCCCGUGUCAUGUCUCACGUUGGACGGUGCUUCUACCUCCCUACUGCCAGGCCAUUCCAGAUCGGUUUCCCCUUCAGGUCCCUGGGCCUGGCCUGCGCUGCCUGGGAAUUGUGUGCAUCCUGGCGAUGGAAACCACUGCAUGUAGUUUGUCUCCAGAGUAACUAAGCAAGAGGGAAACGGCCUGUCCCUGGACCAUUCUCUUGUUUGUGAGCUUCCAGGAAUAAAAUGAAUGCCUGAUUACUA